AUGCUCGCUCGCAUAUCAUCUGUAUUUCAGCUGAAUAGGAGAAGGCAUAUAUUUCUAGAUUCAGGAGAACGGCCCAUGAGCGAGGGGGCCAUCAUGACAACUGAUGGCCUACAGGAAAAUGCCAUGAUUGACAAAGCCAAGGGUGAUUCUCCGCAGGAUGUCAUAUUUGCGCAUGCUUCUAUGGUGAAUGGGUCACAAGCCUGCCUGCUUCUGAGAAGGAAGACGGGUUGA